UGGAGGCGCUCAGCCCCGGAGGCGGAUCACCGGGCUCUGCCUACCUGGGAUAACCUUGGUCGGGACCAGGGAGCCUCCCCGGGCGGCUCCACCUCUUCCUCUCCUUCCAGCCGGGCUCCUCUUUGAGACGAUUAAUUCCCCGCCAGCGAUUAGAAAGAGGCGAUCCUGCGGCAGGCGGAGCCUCCCAUCUCCGGCUCGGCUUUGGCGCUGCAAUCCAAGGCGAAGGCCGGCCGGGGCGCGCCGCAUUUCCUUGCAGAGGCUCCACCAGUCCUCGCGUGCUGCGGGGCAAGGGGGUAAUUCUGGUCUACAGUCAUCAUCAUCAUCCAAGCGAAGUCUCGGUCCCUCCACCCUUCGGCUUGCCGGGCUGCUUCUUUCCGCCCUCCUCCUUUUGAGCAUCCAAGCCCAAGAUCUGGAGCUCGAAACCAAAUCGCCGAGCCCUCGUUCCAUAAAGUUCCAAGAAGAAAACGCACGUGGGAAAGCAGAGAAAGAGGAUCCCGGGAUGACGCGUGGCUGUUGCUCCGAGGACUGGGCGGAUUGAACGGCUCCUCCCACCCGGGCAGAAGCUCCACGUUGGAUUGUGUUUGUGACUUACGCAUCUAUCUAUACUACGUAGUCCCACCCUCAUCUGAGGAGAAGGAGCCCAAAGACCACCAUGGAGAUGCAGGUCGAGUCUCAUGACACGUGUCUGACUCCCUUGGUGAGGGGAAGCUGAACGUGUGAACUGGGAGCUGGCUGGCUUACACAGUAACACACUGAGAGGGCAUGCAAGAUGGCCGACCAGAGUAACAUCCAAUCAGCAGCUUCCAAGAGCAUCCGCCCAUUCCGCUCCAGUGAGGAAUACCUCUAUGCCAUGAAGGAGGACCUUGCUGAGUGGCUGAACACCCUCUAUGACCUCGAUGUUCAGGUGGAAAAUUUCAUGGAUGCUCUGGAGACUGGCUAUGACCUCUGUCAGCAUGCCAACAACGUCAACCGCAUAGCCUUGGAGUUCCAACAGCUGCAUCCAGAAACGGCUGCUCAGAUGAGGAUUCCUCAGAAGGAGGUCAUUUUCCAGGCGAAAAACGUGGUGCCUGGCUCCUUCAUCGCCAGGGAUAACAUCUCCAACUUCAUCCAGUGGUGCCGUCAGGAACUGGGUAUCCAGGAUGUCCUGAUGUUUGAAACAAAUGACCUGGUGCUGAAGAAGAAUGAGAAGAACUUUGUCCUAUGCCUCCUGGAGGUGGCCAGGAAAGGCUCCAAGUUUGGCAUGCUGGCACCCAUGCUCAUCCAGAUGGAGGAAGAGAUUGAGGAGGAGAUGAGAGAUCAGGUCACCUAUGGAGAGUUGGAGACUGAGCAGACGAGUGAAGAUCUAGUGCCCCAGUCACCUAUCUACCCAAGCAGGAAUCAGAGAAUAACCUUGUGUGAUCUCAAGAAUCUGGAUGAGUUGGUAAGAGAGAUUCUGGGCCAUUGCACCUGCCCCUCUCAGUUCCCCAUGGUUAAAGUCUCGGAGGGUAAAUAUAAAGUGGGAGAUUCCAACGCACUGAUCUUUGUUCGAGUACUGAGGAGCCACGUAAUGGUACGUGUUGGUGGUGGCUGGGACACGCUGGAGCACUACCUGGACAAACAUGAUCCAUGCCGAUGUACAUCUCUCUCCCACCGUCUGACACAAACGCGAGGACUCACGUUCUCUCCACAGAAGAUGGCAACCCCAGGCAGCCCCCAAGCUGCCAGCCCCAGCACCCAGCGCCGGGCCGAAGCCAUGAACCUGCACAAGUCCUCUGAACCCCUCCGUGUGGGUGAUAAGCGUCUCGUGGGGGGAGGCGAUGCAAAUCACACCAAGGCGAACCGUCCAGGCUUCCCGCCUAAAGGAACUGGAGAUUCCACGGCUCUGAGGCAGACGUCUGGUGCUGCGUCCACUGGGAGGCAUGACGGGCUGCCCAUGAGGUCUGGUCCAUCUGCUCAGAGCUCCAGCAGUCCUUUGAGGGGGUCUGCAGUGCAGACCCACCGGGACAACUGUGACCCCCGUGGCUCCAACCCUCUGAGGCCCCCUAGAGCCCGGCGACUUUCUGGAGACAGCGAUUCCUCAGCCUCGUCUGUGCAGAGCGGCAGUCUGCCCAGGAGACGUAAUGAAAAUGGCAGCCUGGCGCUCAGGAGAGAACCUGGGAGACGGAUCUCUGAAGGAACCGGCUUGCACUCCAGUGCCAGUCCCAAGAGGCUGUCGGACAGUCGCAGCCAGUCACGAGAGCGGGGUCCCUUGGCGAGGCCUUCUGCGGGGGCCAAGAGGACCGAGGCCGAAGAUCGGGGCCGUCCCCGACUGCCAAAUGGGCCUAGCAAGACAGUGGCCCAGAGCCCUCGCCCCAGAGCCCGCAGCCAGGGGAGACCUGUUGGGGAGCCUGUGCUCCUGAUCAGCCGAGGGAAGGAUGGGCAGCACUCUUGGGCACGAGCUGAGGACCGAAAGGAGAGCCCGGGAGGCUCUGGCAGAGUCACCCCCAGGACCCAGAGCCCUGCAAGGGGUCACUUUGUCUCAGGUGGUUCCAGGAGUCCAGCACUCACCAACCGAAGGGGGUCUCUUCCCACCUCUAAAGUUAUGGACCCCUCGGCCCGAGUAACUCCCUCAGUUUCUGGGUCCCAGAGGCAGCGGCAGCCGUGUUUGGCAGCACCACGAGUCCCUUCGAAAGAACCAAGGUCUGAGGAGACCUCACACUCCCAGCAGCUCCCAGACAGUUUAGGACAAGAAUUGGAGGAACUGGCCCACACCUUCCGGACCCCGCUGCGCUUGGAUCCAAGCCAAGAACAGCAGCUUUACCGGCGACUGGAAGAGGAGUUUCUGGCCAAUUCCCAGAUGAUGGAUCUGCAGGAGGAUGAGGAGCAAGAACAGAUAGAGCCUUUGGGCCGAAUCUGUGACGGCCCUCGGCUCCUGCAAACCACCCCAGACCAAGGAACUGUUGACUCUGCCUACUGUUCCUCCAGCUCUUCGUCUUCCUCCCUCAGUUUCUUCAGCAAGUAUGGCCUCCAGGCUGAAUCCAAAGAUGAACCCAAGAGGACCCCUGCCUCUCAGAGGAUCUGGGCCUCUGAGGCAGGUGCUGCUCCCUCCGACCUCCACAACGGCUCUACUGACACCUCUGACCUCUGGGACUCUCCUGCCACUCCGGAGCGAGCCACCCGUUGGCGGAAACCAGCCUUGUCAAGCUCCUCUGAUGAAAGCAACUGCUACGUGGGCCUGAAUGACUUGCAAGAAGUCCAGGAAGGGGUAGAACUUCCUGAGCCACGAGCAGGCAGUCCGUGGGGCGCUGUGGAACUGGUGGCCUCCAAUGCAGACUUGGAAUCUUUGCACCAUGAAUUUGUCGAGGAGCCUCCGGUGCAGCCCCUUGAGGGGUCUCCAGGAACUCCUCCCCCCGAGGAAGUCAUUCUCAGGCCGAAGCCGUCCCUAAAGAAACCCGACCGUGUGCCUUCCAUCUAUAAGCUCAAGCUGCGUCCCAAGAUCAAGCCCCGCACAGACUCCCAGCCGGACAAGAAGCCGACCAAGAUCCCCACACCCCUCAGCUACAAGGCCGCGGGGGCCAGCAAAUCUCCGGCUGGGGGUGCCUCGCCCAAGGACAGCCCUUCCAAGCGCCCGGCUGAGCACAGAACCUGGGCAGCUCUCCACAAUGUGUUCUCCUCCUUUGUGGAGCCUCCCCGUGGCCCAGCAGAGUCAGGGGUGGCCGACGAAGGCACAUGGGCCUAAAGGUCACCAGAAGAGAGCACAGCCUGUACUAGAUUGCCUGUUGCAGCUGCUUCCCUUACCCCGCUGUUCCCUCUCCUGCUGCUGCCUUGGGUGUGUUUCUUUUGUGACCUUAAUAUUUGCUGCUGUUUUGAAAAGUUGGGGGGAGGGGGCUUUUAUCCAGAAGGUGGUACUUCCGUUUUUCAAAAAAACUGAGGCUGGAAGAUGGCAUGGCUUUUUGAUUUCCGUGUCUGUGAAAUGCAUUUAGGGGGGAGUCUGUGAGCACUGGAUCCAUGGACGGAAGUUGGAGGGUGCUCCAGAGACAGCCUGGCUCUGGGGCUCCCAGACUCCCUUGGCUUACCUGUUGUAGUCCUCUUGAGUCGCCCACCCCGAGCCUUCUGAAUUCCAUAGCACUUUGGAUCUACAAACCUCUCAGCUCUCUUUGUCUCUCCACACCUCCUCUGGAGAUGUGUGGCGGUUGAAGGAGGAGCCGUGGCUCAGUAGAAAAACCUCUGCUUCGUAUGCAGAAGGUCCCGGGUUCAAGCCCUGGCAUCUCCAGUGGAAAGGAAGAAGUCGUAGGUGAUGUGAAAUACCCUGGAGAGUGGCUGCCUGUCUGAAUAGACAGUACUGACCUUGAUGGACCAAGGGUCUGAUUCAGUCUAAAGCAGCUUCAUAGGUGAGAUCUCUUACCUCCUCCAUUGGGAAGAAGGGCCAAUUUCCUAGCCUUGCAGGUGACAGAGUCCUGCUAAUACAUAUUGCUGGGCGGGGGGGGGGGGGGAUAAGUGUGCAGAGGGUGGGAGUCCUGCAGCAGGUGUGGCUCCCAAGUAUGCAAGGUGAUGGCUUUUAUUUUUUUAAAAAAACUUCUGUCUUAACGGAUUAUAUUUUUAACAAGACGUGUUUUGGAGAGGAGGCAGGGGAGGGGAUGCUGAAGUCUUGCACAUGAAUUCCUCUUCAGCAGGCCCCUCUCAGCCUCCUGAGAUCUGGGCCGUUAGAGUCCCCUUGACCUUCCAUGUACUGUAGGUGUGUUUAAUAAUCUAUGCAUAUUUAUAUAAGUAAUAAGGGGGCAUUGCACUUCGUCACGAGUGCUGCCUCGUCUAGAGCGCCUGCCCGCCACCCAACCCCACGAAUGUAGCUAACUGAACUGACCCGUGAGCUCUCGUAACCCAGACAGUAAAA